AUGUUGUGGAAGGUGCUCCUGUUUGUGGGGCUUGUGGUGCUGGGAGCCCACCUCUGCAGUAACAGAUUUGUAGACAUUGACAAGACCAAAGAGUAUUUUGCUCUUUCUUUGGAGUAUGCUAUAUUUUGGUUUAAUGAAGCCCUGGAAGAUAAGUUUGCCUACAAAUUUCUGCGGGUCCGAAGAAGCCAGCGUGAGCUAUUUAAUUGGACAUAUUUAAUAGACGUGGAGAUGGGUCGUACGAUUUGCAAAAAACAUGAUGAAGACAUUGACAAUUGCCCGUUACAAAAAGGCGCAGGAGAGAAAAAGGUGCGCUGUACUUUUAUUGUAUUUUCCCUAGCAUGGAUGACCAAGUUCAACAUCCUGAACAGCACCUGUUUACAGACAUAG